AUGAGAAAUGACACCGCGGUGACAACAUUCAUUCUCCUAGGACUGACAGAUGACCCAAACUGGCAAACUGUAAUUUUCCUCUUCCUGCUCCUAACAUAUUUAUUGAGUGUCAUUGGAAAUCUCACAAUUAUCUUGCUCAGUCUGCUGGAUUCCCACCUUAAAACACCCAUGUAUUUCUUCCUUCGAAACUUUUCAUUUUUAGAAAUCUCAUUCACAUCUGCCUGCAUCCCUAAGUAUAUGUUUAGCCUUGUGACUAGGGAUAAAACUAUUUCCUAUGGAGGUUGUAUGAUACAAAUAUUUUUUUCUAUCCUGUUUGGUGCAUCAGAGUUUUUCCUGUUGGCUGCCAUGUCCUAUGACCGCUUCGUGGCCAUCUGCAAACCUCUUCACUAUAUGACAAUUAUGAACGACAGAGUUUGUACCCACCUUGUUGUUACCUGUUGGUUGGCUGGCUUGUUAACAAUCUCUCCUGGAGUCAUCAUGGGGUUGGGGUUGGAAUUCUGUGAUGCUAAUGAAAUUGAUCACUUUGUAUGUGACUGUUCUGCUAUCCUGAAACUUUCCUGCACAGACACUCAGGCCAUAGCAUUGAUAGGUGUUAUCUCAGCCACUGUCACAUUGUUUGCUACAUUGGCUCUAGUGAUACUCUCCUAUGCAUUCAUCCUCAGAACAAUUCUGAAGAUCCCUUCUGCCCAGCAGAGGAAGAAGGCUUUUUCUACCUGCUCCUCUCACAUGGUUGUGAUCGCUAUCUCGUAUGGAAGCUGCAUUUUUAUAUUUAUUAAACCUCCCGCAGAGCAAAGUGUAGCUAUAAACAAAGGGGUUGCUGUGCUCAACACCUCAGUUGCACCAUUCUUAAACCCUUUCAUAUAUACCCUCAGAAAUAAACAAGUAAAAAAUGCCCUAGAUAUUAUAAUUAAAAAAUGCAUCCUUGUUACAUUUAAAAAAUAG